AUGAAAGAACUCAUCAAAAAGUUUGGUAUGUCUAAUGCAAAGGCCAUAGGAACACCUAUGAGUCUAUCGACUACUUUGGAUGAAGACAAAAAUGGUAAGAAUAUUGAUGAAACAAUGUAUCGAGGUAUAAUUGGCUCAUUACUAUAUCUUACAGCUAGUCGACCAGAUAUUAUGUUUAGCGUUUGCAAAUGUGCUAGAUAUCAGUCAGCUCCUAAAGAAUCUCACUUGACUGCUGUUAAACAUACUAUUAGAUAUUUGAUAGGGACAAUCGAUUAUGGUUUAUGGUAUGAAAAUUUGGAAAAUUUUGAUCUCAAAGGCUUUUCAGAUGCAGACUUUGCAGGAGAUAAACUUGAUAGAAAGAACACGAGUGGAACGUGA